UUUUUCCUCAUACGAGUGGACAGUGACAUUGCAACCAGGCACCAGACUAUCUUCUGCACCACAUGUGAUGAUCGCCGGUACGGUCGAGCUGCGAACGAACGCCGCCAAACCGGCCGGCAUCUGAAAGUGAUCUUCACAAAAUGGCGCACAUACACCAUGUCCAGAUUUUUGUCAAAAAUGGCACCAAGUACCUCCAGAAGUUCACGCGAAACGCCAACUUCCGGCUUUUCGCCACGCGCAAGACCGCCAACCUCAGGCAGUGGGCAGUCCAGAGUGGCUCUAUCGUGUUCGUUAUCACUGACAUGGCUGAUACAGCUCUUACAGAAGACUCACUAGCAGCAAGUGAUAACGACGCAGAUGUGAAAAGUAACCGUCAAGAAACCGAAACAAGAUCUCAAGCAGAAUUAAAACGGCCAGAACCGGUUCAUUUAUCAGCAAUACCAGAUGAAUGUUUUCUGGAACCGUCAAAGUUGUUAAAAAUAUCCGAGACAUCUCGGACAGCAUACCCACCAAAUGAGCACAGAGACACAGUUUUCAAUGUUGCGUUUGAAGUGAGGGACGUCGCAGAAACCUUAGCCAGAGCUGCGUCGAAUGGAGCUAAGGUUCUAUGUCAGCCAGCCGUUAUCAGCGACCCGACAAACGGUGGGCAUGUGACCAUUGCAGCUGUACAAUCUUGCAUCGGCAAUGUCGUCCACACGCUUAUUGACAGUUCUCCGUACAAUGGAGUGUUCCUACCUGGUUUUGUCGCAGCUGGUGAUCGUUCUAACUUAAUAGGUGGAUCUAUAGGAAACAAUUCAAAAGCAACUCAUAAUACAUCGCUAGUAAACGGAGGACCCCCAAUGUGCCUUAUGAGCCAUAUUGAUCAUGUGACUUUUGCUUGUCCAAUUGGAUCGUCCUCGGAAGCUCUGGAGUUUUACGAGAAGUGCUUUGGAAUGAAACGAUUUCUGCUCAUGAGUGAAGAAAGUGAAUCUGAGGGAUUCGUUGUCCAAGGCAAGAACGUAGGACUCCGCAUGAAGGCCAUGGAGUACUGGCACUGUGCGGAGACCGGCCUGACGCUACCAGCCGGACAGGAAAAGGGGGAGGAUGCCAGCAAGCCACGCCCACCCAAGGCCAAGUUUGUCAUAGCAGAGGCAUUGCCUGGCCAAGGUCCUAACCAGGUCGACAGAUUCUUGGAGCAGCACGGCGGCGCAGGUAUCCAGCACAUUGGUCUCCACACCCCCAACAUCCUGCAAGCAGUUAGCAGUCUCCGCCAGGCUGGUCUCGACUUCAUCGAACCACCCCCGGCUUACUACACCCAGGUGGGCAAGCUGACUGAGAUUUCCCGCAUCAGGGAUGACGUGGACCUCCUCCAGAGGAUGGGCAUCCUCCUGGAUGAGGAGACCUGUUGCAAUGACGACGUUGAAGGGAACUCAGUAAAAGACGGGCACAAGAUUCAAGAUGGAAAGACCCACUGCAAGUAUCUGAUGCAGACGUUUACGAAGCCCAUCUUUGAACGGGACACCUUCUUUUUGGAGUUCAUACAGAGGCACGGCGCGACAGGCUUCGGAGCUGGCAACAUCAGGGCACUGUGGAGGGCGGUGCAGUCUUACAUGUCUUAUGAUGACCUCUGACCCCAAAGGUCAGUUAGGGUCAUGUUACUUCAGGAAAGAAUUUUAUCCUUUCAAUGUCAUGCGUGUUCUAUUCGUCACAAGUUGUUUUCCUUUUUUUGUAGGGGGAUCUGAGAGGUUCCCACAUUCCCGAAUUAUUGUCACGAACACCUUGAUCUAUCCCGAAUAAAAAUUGACGGCAUCGGGAGAAAUUAGCCCCAAUUCGCUGUUUAAGAAUAACUUAAGAAAGAAACAAAAAUAAUCAAGAACUAGGUACAUAUUGGAAGCCGAAUCAGACCGAACCAAGCCGAACGAUUGCAAUUGAGUGUUGAAUAAAACAAAAUUGUAGCAAUUUUGUCAAGAAUAACUUACGAAUAACUCAAGAACCAUCCAAAAUGACCCAAAAUUAUGCCAAUUUGGUAUUGGUAAGUUAUUCUUAUAAUAUUCGUACAUUUCUUGAUACAUUUGUAAUGAUUCGGUGUGAUUCUGGACUGUUAACACAAAAAAUAACUCUACGAAACUUGUAAGAAUGCUGUAAGAAUAUCCAGAAUGCUGUAAGAAUAUCCAGAAUUAGUUAUGAAUAAAACAAGAAUAAACCAAGAAUUGAAAUUGGUUCCUGAAUCAAACCGGACAAUUUUGAAUAUGUCCAAAAUUGCCGGGGCAUUUCCCAAUCUUUCACCGAACUAACAGAAUCAUCCCGAGGCAACCAAGAACCAUUCCCCGAUUUACUCAAGAAUUGCUAUUCGCGCCGUUUCGGCUUAAAAAUCGGGAAUGUGUAAACCUAGCAUAACUUACUGUAGUUUAUUUGGAAACUUUUUCCCCCCUGAAAUUUGUAGAAUUUCUGAAAUUACUUGAGAAUGUGUUCAGGGAUUUAUUUAUUGUGUUUCGUAAGCUCAAAGACGGCUAGGCAAAGUGCCUUCACUGAAUUUAUAGAUUACUGAACAUGCAGGUAUACCGCCUCAAAAUGUUCAAGCCGGGAUUCUGCACGGAUUUGCAUGUAUACAUUCCGUUAUUAAUCAGUGUGCAAUUCUGGGUUUGUCAAGUUUUUAAUGUUAUAAGAAUGUUAUUCAGUGAAAUGUUUUCUACAUGUUUUAAGUUAUUUAAGGCCC